CGCAGGUAAAGUUGUGCCCUCAUGGAUGUCAUCGACAUGGAAUUGACAUUUGUAGGCGAAAAAACCAAGUAAGCCGAAGAACUAGCAAAAGAGGCCAAGGUAAGACGUCGUUACGUGCCGUCCGGGUGACCCGCCUCUCGAAAACUGACACGAAUGACACCUCGAUAUCACGCUCUGGCUGUGAACGUUGGCAGCGUACCGUUACAAAAUACCCACUCACCCAGUGAAACCAUAAUGUGUUGUCUGAGAUUUACCGAACGGCGGAAAUAUCAAACCAGCUACGACUGGCAGCUCUUUUCUCCUUCUUUGUUGCGGAAUCCCGAGGAUGAGCCUUCCAGGAGCGCAGUGAAACUGUAGACACUAGAUCUCCUCUGUCUCCAACACCGACGGGCGAAACAUCGUGACUGAACAUUCCGUAACAGCGAAGCGCCUGACAUUAUGUAAGAUCAUAGAGAUUUGACUAGAAAUGAAAAGAAAGACCGGUUAAAACAUGGUUCUCGAACCUGCUAUGGGCCGCCGUUAGCGAAUGGUGAUGUGCGACACAGCCCAGUCGAAUUAACCGACAAUCAUGACGUUUCUUUGGACAAGACGAAGCUCGGCAACGCCAGUAAAGGAAACUGGCAUUGUAUACUAGUAGGCUGGAAACAUGGCUUUUUCGAAUCCUCACCGAAAAGCCUUGGUUAAUUUCGUCGACAACUGGCAACGGGCAACCAUGGAGGCUAGCCGUACAUGCGGUGACGGUGUCUGCGUCGUUAACUGUCUUGCUCGAGUCAAGUGGCCAAGUCGCCGUAAAUCUUUUGUAGGGAAACAAACCAUAUGCAUACGUAUAUGUGAAUGAAUUUGUUCCAGGUUCACUUUUAAAGAGGACCAAGUUUUUCAACCAAAGGACGGGAGUGACGCUGGAAACUCCAGUUGAAGUUGCCCUCUUCAUAAAGCUGGUGUCCCGUUCCAAGACGUUCCGUCGCCUCCAGUCGCACGUUUACUCUUCGCCUUCUGGCACCGCGAACAUCCCUGACUUCCUCCACAAGUUCCAUGUAGCGCGCUCUGCCAUCUGGAGGAUGUUUCGUAACUGGCUUCGUCGCCAUUGCGUUUCUGCAACAGGAUGCCGCGGAGUUGCAACAAUCUAGCAAUACUUGGGGGCUCUAUCGACGUCACAUGCGGAUCCCACACAAACUCCUUGCAUCCAUCAGGUUGAAAAGAGAAACAAUUUCAGUUGAGUUUUUUGCAAGCCACUCUCGUGUACCUCUGCUUCAAAGGGUCUGGACUCGACCAUCCGUUACGAAGAUGAUGCACAGCAGAUGCGGACUGUUGUCUGACGGCCGGUGACCCUGGUGGCUUACUGUUCACGUCGUGCAUGGUCUGGAAAAUGUUUCAAAGAAAAUGGCUCAGCAUUUACUCAGGUGUAUGCGUGGAGGUGCUAUGAACGUUUUCCUGUGCUACCGUCGUACCAGGGAGCUCAGCGCAGUGAUGGGAGGAAGCUCAAAAUAUGUUUUUCAAAGGGGCACAACCUCCAGUGGCAGUAGACCGCUGUCGGUCUGCGUGUUCGCUCUGUUGGUGGUUUGUGGCGCAUCGAGUCUUCAUGUCUCCAGUGAAACGCUGAGUAAUGCGAUAUCUGACGUCCACAGGACAAAUGGCGGCACGUUUUCUGCAGUGAGGCCUUUGGGGACAGAGAGGGACCUGCCGAGGGAAGCGACUCUAAGUCCUUUCCUUCACGCCGAUGCUGUAACGAGGACCGACUCUUUCAAGGAGUCGCAUGGCCUCAUCGAUUCACCAUCAGGCAAAGGCUUGGGAGCAUCAUCCAUUACAUUACCCCGCCUUCGCCGCCAGGAUACCGCACCCGCAGCGGAGGAACGCGGAAGAAGACGCGAAUUGGCUGCCUUGAUUAGAGAAAAAGGCGUCAGUCAGAGUCCGGACGCAGGGAGUCCGGCAGCUUCGAGCCACUUUAUGCACGCACCACAGGGGAUAUCUUUCGUCGGCAACAUGUCAGUUGUGAAAACUAGGAAGAAAAAGCAUCGUGGCAAAGACGUCACGGAGGAUGAACUUCGUUAUGCUCCAACCACUGCGGAAGAAUUCCGCGCCGGGUGGCGACGCGAAGAACAAGUCAGCGACGUGCCUUUUUGCAAGGAUCUUGGCUUCGGAGGAUUCCACCCGGACGAUUCGUCGGAGAACUAUUGCUGGAGCCGAUGCGGUCGCUCUUGCGAGAGUUGGAUGUUCUUGAGCCAAGACUCUAAGAGUUCCUGGACGCUUGUGGCGGAUGCGAAGCGCGUGAAGCCUUGUCUGACUCCAGCCAACAAAUCACACAGAAACAUUCUUUGCAAGGCAGUUAGGAAGCCGACAUCCGUAGACUACGUCGACGCAGUACGCCACGAAAUGGACAUUGUCUCCCCGGAUCAGGUUCCCCCCAUGGCAAUCGGUUUUCAAGGCCCAGAUCCACGAAUGGUUUUGCAGCCAUCUACAGCCAUGUCCCCUGCGAUGCCCUAUUACGCUGGUCCUGAAGCAAUGCGAGGAGUAAUGUGGGCAGGUUCAGAAGGCUUGAGUGGUUCCGCAUUAUCUGCUCUGCCUCUUAUGGCAGCAUUUACGAUGCUUACGUUCAGCGUAAUGCUUUUCGGUUGACUAUUGGACAAUGAAUGCAUUAACGAUCUCAUGCCAUGUCAAACUAACCAAAUGCUCCAAGAGAGGGCCAAGAGCGUCCGCAAAGUAGUUGCUGUAAACGUUUGGAGGUGGGAGGGUGCAAGUCAAAUUCGUCGCUUAGGGGAUGCCAACUGUGGCUCCCGACUACUUGUGGCUUGUCUUUCGGGCGCCAAAUUGAGCGUGCCGAAAUCCCACAGGCUUCUUUGAAAUGAAACCGUUUGGCAGUUGCUUGGAAAGGAAUACUUGUUUAGGAUGCGCUGUGAACAGGAACGACUUCCUAAAUGCCAACAUAAUUUUUUCGCACUGGUCCCGACAACGCAUCUUUACUGCAAACGUGGGGGCAAGCCUCACCGAAUGUAGAUGCUGUUGUGAGCGUGGACAUUAUGCGCGAAUACGGAAGCUAGCUUCCCUUAGUGUAGGGGUUGUUUUCUCAGAACUGCGGACACGCGGAGUUCAAGUGUCACCGGCGAGUGCAAUUUCCGGAAGAAAAUUUCAAGCAAGUCGACAAACACACGGUAAAAUCUUGCUGCAGCAAUCGUUGCUCUUGCCUCCGUCAAAUGUGUAGCAUCUAACGCAGAACACGUCAGUAUGUGUGGAACAUAGCCUUAAGGAGCUCCUACAUUGUUUUCUGUUGCUAUAAGAGAAAAGAAGACGCCACUUCCCUUUGGGUUUUCGAUACUGCACCAUGCACGAUGAUAUGUAUCCGUUUUGUGUGGACUACGAAGCCAGACCGUUGACGCAGACAGUGUGGAUCAUCCUCCAGAAGUCACGCUCGAGUGGCUGUAAUUGUCUCCGC